AAGAGCAGAGCCCGGCCGCGCCGCGCGCCCUGUGGGGCGGGCUUCGGGCUGCGCCAGAGAGCGGGACAGCUAGCGCCGGUGUCUGAGCCUCUGCGCCGGACUCUGAGGCAGUGAAGGAGAAAAGCUGCAGUACGGGAUGGCUUGGUCGGCUAGUCCAAAGUCGCGCAGCUGGUUCCGGCUGAGCCCGGAUUUCGAGAGAAAGCCAUAUGGCCCCUGCAGACCUGGCCUCGGAGGGUCCCAAGCUUGAGGACCCGCCGGCCCCCCACCUCUUUGGAAAGUGCCCUUCUGGCUUAAUCAUGGCGAAGCUGGAGACGUUACCUGUGCGCGCUGAUCCAGGGAGGGAUCCUCUCCUGGCCUUUGCCCCCCGGCCUUCUGAGCUUGGACCCCCAGAUCCCCGCCUGACUAUGGGCAGUGUGGGUAGUGGGGUGACCCAUGCUCAGGAGUUUCCUAUGAAAAGCGUGGGCACUCGAACAGGGGGUGGGGGCAACCAGGGCAGUUUCCCUGGUCCAAGGAGCAGUGGUAGCGGGGCCAGCAGGGAGAGACCUGGUCGCUAUCCAUCAGAGGACAAGGUUCUCGCCAACUCUCUCUACCUCAAUGGCGAGCUGCGGGGCAGUGACCACACAGAUGUCUGUGGUAACGUGGUGGGCAGCAGUGGGGGCAGCAGCAGCAGUGGGGGCAGCGACAAGGCUCCACCCCAGUAUCGUGAACCCAAUCACCCACCCAAGCUCCUGACCACGUCUGGCAAGCUAGACCAGUGCUCAGAGCCACUAGUUCGGCCAUCAGCCUUCAAGCCCGUUGUACCCAAGAACUUCCAUUCCAUGCAGAACUUGUGUCCUCCACAGACCAAUGGGACCCCUGAGGGACGACAGGGCCCCGCGGGCCUCAAAGGCGGACUGGACAAGUCUCGGACCAUGACCCCAGCUGGUGGGAGCGGGGGCGGCCUCUCAGACUCAGGCCGGAACUCGCUCACAAGCUUGCCCACCUAUAGCUCCAGCUAUAGCCAGCAUCUGGCCCCCCUCAGUGCUUCCACCAGCCAUAUCAACCGGAUUGGCACUGCUGGCUACAGUAGUGUCAGCAGCGGUGGGGGGUCAGGCUACCAGGAUCUGGGGACCUCAGACAGUGGGCGGGCUUCUAGUAAGAGUGGGUCGUCAUCAUCCAUGGGGCGGUCAGGCCACCUGGGAUCCGGGGAGGGCGGAAACGGGGGCCUGCCUUUUGCAGCCUGUUCACCACCCUCGCCCAGUGCGCUGAUCCAGGAGCUGGAGGAGCGGCUGUGGGAGAAGGAGCAGGAGGUGGCGGCUCUGCGGCGCAGCCUGGAACAGAGCGAGGCAGCAGUGGCCCAGGUGCUGGAGGAGCGGCAGAAGGCAUGGGAGCGGGAGCUGGCCGAGCUCCGGCAGGGCUGCAGUGGAAAGCUGCAGCAGGUGGCCCGCCGUGCCCAGCGUGCCCAGCAGGGCCUACAGCUGCAGGUGCUGCGGUUACAGCAGGACAAGAAACAGCUGCAGGAGGAGGCAGCCCAGCUGAUAAGGCAGCGGGAAGAGCUAGAGGACAAGGUGGCCGCCUGCCAGAAGGAGCAGGCCGACUUCCUGCCCCGGAUGGAGGAAACUAAGUGGGAGGUGUGCCAGAAGGCCGGUGAGAUUUCCCUCCUGAAGCAACAACUGAAGGACUCACAGGCCGAUGUGUCACAGAAGUUGAGUGAGAUCGUGGGGCUGCGCUCACAGCUUCGGGAGGGUAGGGCCUCGCUCCGGGAGAAGGAGGAACAGCUGCUCAGCUUGAGGGACUCCUUCGGCAGCAAACAGGCCAGCCUGGAGCUGAGUGAAGGCGAGCUGCCCCCUGCCUGCCUCAAGCCUGCUCUGACCCCUGUGGACCUGGUCGAGCCACAGGAGGCGCUGGCCUCCUGUGAGAGUGACGAGGCCAAGAUGCGCCGGCAGGCUGGGGUGGCCGCUGCUGCUUCCCUGGUUUCUGUUGAUGGGGAGGUGGAUGCUGGGGGAGAGGGUGGGACGCGGGCCCUGCGCAGGGAGGUGGGGAGACUGCAGGCUGAGCUGGCCGCUGAACGGCGUGCCCGUGAGCGCCAGGGUGCCAGCUUUGCAGAGGAGCGCCGGGUGUGGCUGGAGGAGAAGGAGAAGGUCAUUGAGUACCAGAAGCAGCUCCAGCUGAGUUACGUGGAGAUGUACCAGCGCAACCAGCAGCUGGAGCGGCGACUUCGGGAGCGUGGGGCAGCAGGGGGCUCCAGCACGCCUACCCCCCAGCAUGGAGAGGAGAAGAAAGCCUGGACCCCCUCCCGCCUGGAGCGCAUCGAGUCCACAGAAAUCUGAUUCUCUUAUCUACGUGCACAACCUUCUGACAAAAGUGCCCUGUCUGAAGGUCGGAGUCACCAAUGUCCCCUUUCCAUUCAUCUCCCUUCCCCACGUGUGCUGCACAUCCCCAGACCAAAGAGGUUCUCGAAGCAGCUGUGACCAGCCCCUUUUGUCCCCCAGUCCAUGGAGCUCCAGCACUGCCUUUAUGGGUAACCACUCCAGACCCUCCUGCCAAGGAGAGCGUGCGGGAGGGCAGAGUGCAAUGGGGUGAGGUCCCAGGCCCAGGGAGCAUGCUCCCUUUCUGGGAAAGCCUCUCCUUGGAGAUGGAGACAGCAGGCUUGCAUUGCCAGGGAGUCCCCCAGCCCCUUUCCCUUCUUGGGCUGCCGCUGCCACCUUGUGUCCAGUGCUACUGUCUGUGCCCUCCUUCUAGGCCACACAGCCUGAGGAGCCUGCAUGGAUCUGCCAGUGUUGACAGACCCUAGGCUCCUAGUCUCUCUCCUUCAUGUGCAGUUCUCCUUCCCCAGGCAGAUUGGCAGGGGAAGUGGGAGCAGAUGGCCUGCCUGUGGUUGAGAGGGCCACCUGCCCUCCCCCUCCCCCACCAAGGUACCCUGGGCUCAAGCCUUAGAGCCUGGACCAGUCCUGAGCAUUUGUCCCUCUGUGUAUAUUGAGGGAAGAGAGGGCCAAGGCUGGAAGCUCAGUGCCUAGGAGAGGUCUGCCUUCCUCCCUUAGGAAGGGUUGCAUAGAGGCGUCUCACCCUCUGGCCAGGAUCCUACAAGGCUACAUCCCCUGCUGCUUAGUUGACACACACACCCCCCAACCCAGGGUCACUGCUCAGCUCUGAUUAUAGCUAUCCCUGCCUCUUAGGUAUUCUGUUUGCCCGGUUUCUGAGGUCAGAUGGAUGUCUGAUGUCUUCCUGUGUCCCCGCUCUCCCCUCGGCCUCCUUUCAUGCUCCUAGGCAUCUUCCCAGGCUGCCUUUUCUCCCAGGUCUCACCCUUCCUCCCAGCAGAAAGCUCUGCUUGGUUUUUGGUGCACUGCUCACUCCCAGCUCUCCUGGCCCAGGUCUGAGCCUGGGGCCCUUGUUUUGAGGGGCCAGUCAGAGUUGGAUGUGACUGCCCUCGAGGAACAUGGCAAAUGUGUGUGUGUGAGGACUACUGACCCUUGGGUUGCUCGCCAGACUCUUGAGUUGACUCGUUUGUCCGGGCAGGGUUGGCUGGUAUGGUCGUCAGGAUGGGUUGUGACAGUCAAUGCCACCUCCUUCUCUGGGAUCUUUCAGAUUCUAUCUCCCCAAGACAGGUAGGGAAAUUCUAAUUUCUCUUUUAAGAAAGUAAAUUUCCAAUUCACCAGCAAUAACAAUCAGAGACUUGGCCCUCAGUCCUUGCAUUUCUCUUUUCACUCUCUCUUCCACCCCAAGAUGGAAUCUUGGGCACAGGAUGGAGAGGGUUGGUAACUACUGUGAGCAAGUCCCCCAAGCCCUGACCAGCCUCCUCCCAUGACUGGUGACUGUUUAACAAGCUGUGCACACCCCACAAAAAUUGGAGUGCCCUAUGUGCAGCCUCCAGCUCUGCACAACUCCUUCUGGGUGGUCCUCAACAGGUUUUUGACCUCGAUUGGAGGCUACUCUGGCAUACACUGCCCAUUCCUCUAAUCCCUCACUGUACCUGAUUCAGACCCAAAGCCUGGUCCACAGGGACUGGGAAAAGGCAUUAAUACACAACAAAAGAGAUGGGGGGGAGAGAAAAAUAUGAACAGCUUUGGAAUGUCCAACUGCAAAAUAAAUUAUAUAUAAAUAUAUAAAUAUAUAAAUAUAUAUAUCUACCAUAUGUGAUGGAAAGACUUUUCAUUUUUCCUUUCCCAAAGAAAUAAA